AGACAACAAAGCCAAAUGACAAAUGACAGGAUAGUCUUGUGCCCAGUCGGGGUUUCCCGAUAAUUCCAGCCUUGACAGCGUUGGAAAAUAAUAUGCAUGCAUGAAAGCGAUUCACGGCAAUAGAAAUUUGCGGGUUGCAACGUCAUGGGUUCGAUACAUCCUUCUCUGCUCCGAUAAGCCGGAGGGCGAGUCAGAGUCACCUGACUUCGUGAAGUGGAGAGCCAGAAUCCCCACCAUUUCAGACGCGACUCCCAAGCCACUCUGCCCAACGCGAAACAUUUCAGGCCAACAAUGAGGUCAUGGCGGUUGGAACAACAAUGACAUGACCCAAGGCGGCAAAACUGCACAAAUUAAUGCCAGAUAGCGCUUUCUAUCGUCGAAAAUUACCUCGAUCUGGCUCCCUGCGGGCCUGCCAUUCGCCUCGACAUGGCCUCGGAGAGCGCAACUAGCAGCCCCGCUCCGCAUGGUACAACCGCUCCCGUUCUCGAAUACAUCUGUCUGUUCACCAAAGACCUGAAAAAGAAGCAAAAGAAAUGGCAAGAUGGACGGCUCAAAUUUCACACAUACAACAAAAAGGUCAUGGUAUACGACGAGCGGGGUUACAAUGUCGGAUAUAUGCAUUGGAGACGUGAUUACGACCUGGCCGAUGGAGAGGAAUUGGAGCUGGAAUCUGGAGGAACUCAGGUCCAGGUGUGCGAGUGUGUUGGGACUCAAGAACAGGACAUAUCCGGACUGGUAGAUAAGCGGCUGCAAGAAAGAGAACAACGGGCCAUUAAAGUGGCGGCGAGAUUGCAGCAGAGCUCGUCUGUUGGUGGCUCGCGGCCGGUAGUAAGACAAUCACCCAACGACCAUUUCCAGCUGAGACAGGUCCCCCUCAACCAGCUACUUGGAACCCCUACUGGCCAUCAUGGUCGAGCAUUGGUUCCGUCGGAAUCGCCUUUCGAACAGCGCCAGCGAGCAUCCAACGAUGAAACCCCGAGACCAGCCAAAAGACCUAGGCGUGAGCCGUCGCCACCAGCCAAGUCUGGAUAUGCCCAGAAUCUUUUCGGUGCCAAAUUACACCUUUCCUCACAACCGUCUUCAUCAUUAUGGCAGAGGACGCCACGGCCAACCGCUCCGGCAGCUUCGAACCCCCAGUGGAAACCAACACAGGUUGGACAGCCUGUCAAAAAACCAGAACCAGCUCGUCGAAAUGAACCCAAGACACCUGCGGUUGUUGAUCUGGUCGAUGAUGAUGAGGAUGACGAAACUGGAGAGAAUGACAAUGGCAUCGAUGCUGGCAUUCCUGAAACGUCCGCCAGGGCAGAUAUGCAAUCUCAGCAAGUGAGGAAAGCAGAGAAGGCGACGAAAAAGCGCAUAGCUCCUGUGCAGGCGUCAGAUAUCGAAGCCACGCCGCCGCAUGCCCGGUCUCUGAGUCGGCCAGUGUCCAAGAAACCACGACUAAGAGAGUCGACGCCACCGAGCUCUCCAGAGAUUGUCGAAUUAAAGUCGCCCCCAGCUGCAUUAUCGAAGCCACCAAAACCAUCGGCGCGGCCGCAAAAUGUGGCCAUGACGAAAACGCGCUGCCGGCCCCCUGAGCCAGAACCUCUCCCAGAUCCUGAAAUAGACCCCCCUGAACCACUUGAGGAUAAUUUGGCAGAGCAACCAAAGCAAAAGACAGCCUUACGGAUCAAGUCACGGAAAAAGCGGGGUUUGAUGAUGCUGUCGUCGAGCAAUGUUGAGGCCUCGUCAGCUCCCCAGCCUCAAGAGAACAGAAAACGCAGCAAAGAGGCUGCCAUGAAACCGCAAGAUACAGAUGCUGGAUCAUCUAGGGGGUCGGACAGAGAUCUUCUGACCACCAAAACCAAGAAACAGCGCGGAAAGAAACCGGCAGAACAGCUUGCAAGGCGACCUUCUCCAUCUCCAGCCGUGACAGACGGAUCUCAAGAUCUUUCGCCGGUGGAACAAGCUCACAUUGAACCAUCAGAAACCCAAACCAAACAGCGAGGCAAAGUGAGGGGGCUUGAGAAUGAGAGCGCGGCCAAUAGCGCAUCGGAGACUAACAGUGCAUCUGGGGCCCGCAAUGAUCCCGUUCAAUUUGCCGCCAAAUCUCCCAUCCAAAAAGGUGGCAAAAGAGCAAGAGCAAGGCAUAUCGUGCUUGACGAAGAAGACUUAGAUUCAAAUGGUGUUUUUGAAAGUAACUCCAAGGCAGCACGAGAUCCAAAAAUCGGGGAUGUUCAUCCAGAUGUGGCCGGCCUACUGUUUGAUGACGAUAGCGACGCCUCAAACGAUUGGGUUCCUCCACCUCCAACUUGUCAAAACUUGAAGAAGAUCUCCAAGGGCAAAAAGAAGCAAGAAACUGUUAAGUCAAGCAAAGCCUCAGACUGCGUCAGAGAAGAUUCGGAACCUCCAGCAGGUCAAAUGCGACUGGAAAAGCUCGGUCGCAAAAGUGUCAAAAGUAGAGAGAUCAUAGGAUGGGUGUUUGACCAGCCACCGGCCAUUACUUUCGGACCGAGAGCUGCUCUACCAAUUAUAGCAUCGCAACUCUCGCGCAGCCCUUCCCCGGACCCUUUGCCAGAUGACAGUGUCAUCGAAAACCUACACGGUCCGCCCAUGUCACCUCCAAAUAUUGCUAAUGAUAUUCCCACCUCGUCCGAACUCGCUCAACUGAUUGAGACACCAGCGGCCACCUCUAAGAGAGCACCAGAUCCAACUGUUGAGAAAUUGCCAGCAGGUUCUCUUCUGAAGACGGUGCCAGACAACACAGCGAAAACGACCGCGUAUCCGGUUCAGGAGACAACUUUGGAUGUCGUUGCUGAGAAUGCGGUGCCAACAUCUGCCUCAAAACCUAUCGUAGAGGCUGCCACAAAGACGACUCCGGACCCUGCUCCAGUCAUCAGCGCGCGGCCGCGAAUCACCAAUCCAGCCACGAGAGGUCGUAAGGCAGCUCUCAGGUCGGAUGCUCAAGGCAAGGUUCCUCAGCACAUCCUGCCAGCAGAUACAAAUUUGCCACCGCGCAAAGAAGUUUUACAAGCCCUUGCAACCAUGAUGGCGGCUUCGAGCAAUGAAGCUGCGGCGCUGUUGCCAUCGCAGAUUGAGCCGACACCAGCAGAGCCAGAACGACCAAAGAUCAAAAUGAAACUGCCUGGGUUUGCACCAGCGGGUGCGUCAGUCGGAGAUGUUCUUGGGCCAUGGACCCGGGAAGCGUAUGAUUUGCUUGGGAUGGGAAGACCUUCACGCUGAAUGAUGAACGAUGUAGGAGAUGACGAGAAAAAAUUAUAGAAAUGUUAUAUUUUGAUUGAGUUACAUGUGCCCAAGCCAUAUUCUAGCUGACAAUGAGUCAGUCAAAACCACCGCGGUGAAAGAGAAACAUCAUAAACAGCAUUUGAAGCAAAUGUCGGAGAACUUGGUCUUGGUGAGCAUUAAUCAUGAAUAUCUGGGUAUAUAACCAACAUAAUAAACGACAAGAAAGAACCAAAAUAACAAGUCGCUAGGCUGAAGCCACGCUAAACCCAAAAACAACGUUUUAUGCAAAGCAAUCCAAAACGCCGUCGCUUCAACAGUUUAAUAAAAACAAACUAAUAAAACAACACGGUCCACCCAACCGAACUCGUGUACCUCCC